GAAAGGGGAGGGAAUUUAGAAAGAGGGAUAUCCGACAAAUUCCGUCAAAUGUCAGUCAAAACUCCAUAUUUUUCUCCUUGGGAUUUUAUGUUUGUUAAUGUCGUCCUAUUCUUCACCAUCUCGUUCCGGGGAACGUCAGCUUGCGAACACAGCUCAUGAGAAGUGAGCCAGCGGAAAUCGUAUAGUGGCAAACCGGAGAAACGCUACAAUUCAUGGUCCUCUCUCAGCCUCUUCGCAACCAGCAUCAGCAGAGAAGACAUUGGAUACGGACAACAACACUGACAGAUCUUGCCCGCAAUUCUGUUUGCUAUCAGUUAUGGGUGCAGUCUGAAAAAGUGGAUACAGUAGCGCUAUCACUAUUACCUCGCAGUUUUAUACUCAUGAAGGAGCUCCGUCCUGGUUGAGUUUGGGAGAUGGGAGUUCUUAACAUUGCAGACCAGCCUCCUCUGGUCCAGGCCAUCUUCAAUCGUAAUGCUGAAGAAGUCCAAAUAUUGUUGCACAAAAAGGAGGAUGUCAAUGCACUGGACCAGGAGCGCCGUACACCGCUACAUGCUGCUGCAUGUGUGGGGGACGUCCACAUAAUGGAUCUCCUCAUUGAAGCAGGGGCCAGUGUUAAUGCUAAAGACCAUGUGUGGCUGACCCCAUUGCACAGGGCCGCUGCCUCCCGGAAUGAAAGGGCAGUUGGUCUCCUGCUGCGACGCGGAGCGGAAGCCAACGCGCGGGACAAGUUCUGGCAGACGCCGCUGCACGUGGCGGCCGCUAACCGCGCCUCCCGCUGUGCGGAGACCCUUCUGAGCCAGCUGAGCAACCUGAACAUGGCGGACCGCACCGGCCGGAGCGCCUUGCACCACGCUGCUCAGAGCGGCUUCCAGGAGAUGGUGAAGCUCCUUCUGAACAAAGGAGCUAAUCUGAGUGUGAUCGACAAGAAGGAGAGACAGCCGAUCCAUUGUGCUGCCUACUUGGGUCACGUGGAGAUAGUGAAGCUGCUGGUGUCUCGCAGUGCUGACAAGAGUUGCAAGGACAAGCAGGGCUACACGCCCCUCCACGCCGCGGCCGCCAGUGGACACCUCGAGAUCGUCAAGUAUCUGCUGAGGCUGGGAACGGAGAUUGAUGAGCCCAACAGCUUCGGCAACACGGCCCUGCACGUGGCUUGCUACAUGGGCCAGGAGGCGGUGGCCACGGAGCUGGUGAACCACGGGGCCAACGUCAACCAGCCCAACCGCAGCGGCUUCACCCCGCUGCACCUGGCCGCCGUCUCCACCAACGGCGCCCUCUGCCUGGAGCUGCUGGUCAACAACGGGGCCGACGUCAACCAGCAGAGUAAAGAAGGGAAGAGCCCUUUGCACAUGGCAGCCAUCCACGGACGCUUCACACGCUCUCAGAUCCUCAUCCAAAAUGGCGGGGAAAUCGAUUGUGUGGAUAAGUAUGGCAAUACCCCGCUCCACGUCGCUGCUAAGUACGGCCAUGAACUCCUGAUCAGCACUCUGAUGACCAACGGAGCGGACACGGCCAGACGCGGGAUCCACGGAAUGUUCCCUCUGCACCUUGCUGUGCUCUACGGGUUUUCAGACUGUUGUCGCAAGUUACUCUCCUCAGGUCAGCUGUAUAGUAUAGUGUCGUCUAUGAGUAAAGAGCAUGUGCUGUCGGCUGGUUUUGACAUAAACACCCCGGACAACUUCGGUCGGACCUGUCUACACGCUGCUGCAUCGGGAGGGAACGUUGAAUGUCUGAAUUUGCUAUUAAGUAGUGGUACUGACUUGAACAAGAGGGACAAAAUGGGAAGGACCCCGUUGCACUACGCGGCUGCUAAUGGGAGGUACCAGUGCACGGUGACCCUGGUGAGCGCUGGCGCCGAGGUCAACGAGCCGGACCAGACGGGCUGCACUCCGCUGCACUAUUCUGCUGCCUCACAAGCCUUCUGCAGAGUUGACCGUCAUUUUUCUGGGAGCCAUCAGGCUAAUGAGGAUGACGCGAAGGAGUCCUACUUCUGCCUGGAGCAUCUUUUGGACAACGGGGCUGAUCCCUCCAUGGUCAACUCAAAGGGUUACAGUGCGGUCCACUAUGCAGCUUACCAUGGCAACAAGCAGAACCUGGAGCUGCUUCUGGAGAUGUCCUUCAACGCACUGGGAGACAUAGAGAGCAGCAAUCCAGUCAGCCCCUUGCAUCUGGCUGCGGACCGGGGACACUGGCAGGCGCUGCGUGUCCUCACGGAGACGGCGGCCUACGUGGACGUGCAGGACGCGGCCGGGCGCUCGGUGCUCUACCUGGCCGCCCAGAAGGGCUACGUCCGCUGCGUGGAGGUCCUCCUGGCCCAAGGCGCCUCCUGCCUCCUGAACGACAACCGCCUCAUGUGGACGCCCAUCCACGUCGCAGCUGCCAACGGCCACACUGACUGCCUGCUCAUGAUGAUAGAGAACGGGGAGGACGGAGACCUCACCAAUGUCACCGACACGUUUGGCCAGAGCCCUCUCAUGCUGGCUGUCCUGGGCGGCCACAUCGACUGUGUGCGUCUCUUGCUGGAGAGGGGCGCCCUGCCGGACGCCAAGGACAAGAGGGGCAGCACGGCCCUGCACCGGGGGGCGGUGCUCGGCCGCGACGACUGCGUGACCGUCCUGCUGGAGCACAAGGCCUCGGCGCUGUGCCGGGACGUCCAGGGCAGCACGCCUCUGCACUACGCCGCGUCGAGGGGCUACACCGACAUCCUGGCCAGCCUGGCCCCCGGCGCCGUGGCCACAGACCCCCAGGACAAGCUGCUGGACAACAAACGCUACACCCCGUCACACUGGGCCGCCUACAAAGGGCAUGAAGACUGUUUGGAGGUUUUACUUGAACACAAAACAUUUAUCCACGAGGAGGGGAACCCGUUCACACCGCUGCACUGUGCUCUGAUGAACGGCCACUGUGGCGCUGCGGAGCGGCUGCUGGAGACGGCUGGGGUCCAUAUGAUCAACACCAGAGAUGCCAAAGGAAGGACCCCGCUCCACGCUGCGGCGUUUGCGGAGGAUGUGGCCGGCCUUCAGCUGGUGCUGCGCCAUGGAGCCCAGGUCAACGGCGUGGACGAAAGCGGACGCUCUGCCCUGAUGGUGGCCGCCGACAAGGGACAGAGCGGCACCGUGGCCAUUCUCCUGCACCGGGCCAAGGCUGACCUCACACUGCUGGACGAUAACGGGAACACUGCACUGCACCUGGCCUGCAGCAAGGCCCAUGAGAUGUGUGCCCUGCUGAUUCUGGGGGAAAUCCACAGCCCUGCACUCAUAAACGCCUCCAACAGCGCGCUGCAAAUGCCCCUCCACCUGGCGGCGCGCAACGGCCUGGCCACGGUGGUGCAAGCCCUGCUGAGUAGAGGAGCCACCGUUCUGGCUGUGGAUGAAGAAGGCCACACCCCAGCCCUAGCCUGUGCCCCCAACAAGGACGUGGCUGACUGCCUGGCUCUGAUCCUCUCUACCAUGAAGCCUUUCCCUCAACGGGACCCAUCCCCCUGCUCCUGCCCUCCCCCCACCGUGGCCCCGGCGCCGGGCCUCAACCUGCUGAAGCACUGCGGCAUCACGGCCGCCUGCGCCCCGCUGCCCAACGGCGGCCUCCACAACGGCUACGUCAAGGACCGCCACAGCGCGGCCGUCGGCCUGGACGGCUGUCUGACGGAGUGAAGGGCCCGCCGCCGCCGCCGUCCCCUCUCCCACUCCUCGCCGGCUGCUGUCCCCCAUCGCCGCCACCGCCACCACCGGGGGGGGGGGGGGGAGACGCCCUUUAACACGGCCCCAGAGGACCAGCAGGAGAGCACCCGCCCAUGUCUGUCCUAGAUGUAUGUAUGUACGUACGUACGUGUGUUUUUUGCGUGAACGUGUUUUAGGCGUGCGCGAGAGAAUGUGUUUGGUCUUCUCUUGAGGUGCAGUCAAAACCUAUUAUGCAAUUAGAUCCCAUUUCUCCAUCUCCUAGUAGUGCUCAAUUCCUAAAAGAAACAAAAGUGUCUGGUUGCUCUACAAGGUCACACAAACGCGUGCGCGCACACACACGGAAGACUGGCGUCCACCGUGGACCCAGCGAUCUGGCCUCCUCCCCUCCCCCUGCUCAUUUAAACCCUUUAAAAUCAUGUUUGCGUAAUGAUGUAACUGACGGCUAAUAGCAUGGAGACCUCUGUAUCCUUGUGUCUCUCCAUAUCAUUCAGUAUUUAACAUCACAACAUUUAACAAGUACCCGUGACCUUGUAGAGGAAUAUACAGCCGUUCCAAAAUAACGAUCAAAGAGGGGUUUCUUUUUUCUUUUUUUGUGUUACAUUUUUAUGAAGGAACCAUAGAAGGGAAUUAUAUAAAUUCUGCUUAAGUGCAAUGCUAAUGUACCACAGUACAAUCCUAAAUUGGGGAAAGGGUCAGGUUAUUUCCAUUGUGUACUUUAAAUGUACGGCCUAGAAUUGUUUUUUUUGGUAUUUUAACAAACGACAAAAAAAUGAAAUUGGUAACGCUGCUGAAUUGAUUAAUUGGCUCUCCUUCCAAAGGGGAGCCGAUACUAGGUUGGCAUAUUCAUCAACUCUUUCCUCAUGGCCAACUUGAUAUUUUGAAGAUGUUAAAUAAGUGUUUAAGCUAGAAUGUUUCUAAGCAUAUAAGUUAUGACCAAAGUUGAUCAACACUACUAUGGCUAUAAAUUAUUUAUUUGAGCUGAACUGUACUGUAUAGAGAAAGACAUUAGAUCUUGAUAUACCUCGUCCAACUCGUUUUAGCAGCUGCUUCAUCUUCAGCCAGGGUCCGUAGGUCUGCAGUCCUCCCGGCAGGACUAGAGUACUAUAUUGUAGGAUAGUGAUUUGACUGAGGCCUUGUUUAUUUCUGGAUGAAGGCUUUACUAGUAAUAUCUGCCAGCAACACCUCAUCAAAAGCAUCGUAUCUCUGAGCACAUAAAUGAAAAAAAAAAGCCAUUUCAAUUUUUUUCUCCCCCCCCAUAUCUCUUUUUAUGUCCGUUUCGUUUUCGUUUUCGUUUUCGUUUUGUUCUGGAGGAUUUCACAACUAGAAGGGCCUACCUAUUGAACAGAGCGGCCGGGCGUGCUCCUCGUCGACGGUCACUCCUCUCUGUUUGUGUUGGGACGAUGAUGCGCCCGCCGGCGUGUUGGUUUUGGCAAGCUAGCUUAUGAGAAAUGUUUCUCUUCCUUUCUCGCUUGUGAAGAAGUCUUAACCGUCUUAAUACCGUGCGUCUCGACUUCUCGAGGGUUGGCGCUGAAGUCGAGGACGGCCCGACUGAGUUUUUUUCUGCCAUUUUGUUGUUCAGAUGUAGUUUCCAGCAAUGUUUUAGUUUUGGCCUUCUUUUAAGUUAUUGAAUAGACAAUCACUGUCACAAGGGCUUUUGUUUCCCCUUCUUUGGUUUUAUUCUUAAGACUCAACGAAUGGCUCUGUGUGCUGGGCAUUUUAAUGUCGGUGUCAACACAAAUGCACUGGAUUGCCUCUAUUGGCUCUCAUGAAAAUGCCUUUUUUGACCCAUGCCUUCCAUAACAAACCAUUUCAGUUGGGAAUGCUUCGUGACAUAGGUUGACGGCCCCAAGAUCUGAUUUGGAAUUUUAAGUUUUUUUUUUAUUUAAAAGCUUACCAACAAUAUUGACCAGUUGGUUAACCACAUUGUCCAUUUUUCUUUUUUCCGAAAUAUGACUAAGCUUGGUACCUCCUUUUUUUUGUUUUGUUUUGUUUCCUUGUUGCGAAGAACCAGGAGGAAUUGAAAAUCAGUCCCUUUUCAAAGCAGAGGGCUAACUGGAACCACAAAGAGGGAACUAGAGAUGGCCAAUUAUGCUUUCGAAUUUCAAGGAUAGCGGAAAUCCAAAUAAUUGUGCUUUUAGUGUUCCCGUCGUUGUCGUUUCCUCCCAUUUAUUGUACUAAACAUACUAAAGAUGAUUGUAUUGGACCACUAUAGCUUUUCGUGUGACUUAAAUCUGUAUGUUGUAACUUAAUCAUUCUAGUGUUUUCCGUCAUUGGCCAAUGAUGUAAAAUGUCAGAUUCAAAAAAAAAAAGAAAAAAAAAAAAAGAUUGACAAGGAAAUUUCAUAUCAACUGUCAAGAAAUGGCACAAUUACCCUUAUUAGACACAAUUCUGGAGAAGGACCUAGAUUAGGCUAUGUUUUGCAAGAAACCCAACAUUCUUUGGGGACUAUUGUCAAGUUUGGCCAUUAACUCCAUUUCAAAGCAGGGAACUCCCGGAGUGUUUUAAAACUAGUUUAUUUCAGUUGUCUCCAUACCUGACUGAAAUGAAAUGGAACUAUUUGAUACCCAGGCUUUUUGUUUUGUUUUGUCUGUUAUUGGGUCGGUGCAUUUUUGUAGUCUCAGGAUUUGUGUUUAAGCACCAGGCAAAAUUUAUCAAAUCUGACAUUUCAACAAAGUUAAAAAAACAAAACAAAAAAAAACAUACUUUUUAACCUUGAUCCAACAGCACUUAAAUAAGAUAGUCAAGCACGCACUUUAGUACUUUCAGGUUCUAAGUGUGCAAAUCAAGAGGAAGUAUGUACCCAUGUUUACAUGUGUGUUUCGCUGCCAGGAUGGAAUGGUUGCAAACAAAACGAGCAAAGCCUUCUAGUGAGGCCAAGGCUGCAUUAUUGAAGUCAAACCCAGUCAAUUAAGCACACGGGCAGAGCGUCCUGUGCCAAAAACACGUUCAACAAAGUCUCUAAAAUUGCACACCAAAAUCAUUAUUUUCCCAAGAUCUUAAGAAAUAAAAAUAUAUUUGGUUUCUCAAUUCUAGCGUAGAUAUGAAUUCCAUUAAUAGGUGCUACUGUGAGGUCAGUUUGGGCUGGCAUUAUCCUCUCCUGAUGUCCUUAUUUGACCAGCAAAUUGAGCUAUUGCCCCCCACCCUGAAGAUACUCAAAUUGUAACUGAAUUUUUUUGUACUGUCGGUGUUCUUUCUCGUGGUUUAAUUUAAUUUGCAUCUACCAUUGGUGGGUGUGUACAUGUGCAUGGAGCUAACAAUUUAGAUGUAAAAAAAAAAAAGGAUCAAACAAAUGGAGCAUAUAAAGUAUAUCUGGAGUCAGACACAGAAAGCAAUGAAAGGUCCAAUUGUAGCAAUAGACCGUGUGUGUAAUAGUGUGCAGCACAAUUAUUGCACUGCCAUCCAUUUAGGCCAAUUCAGUAAAUCAUAGCAUAGAUGCCAAUGGAGGACUUCAAUGCGGGUUAGGUGUGUGAAUCUAUGGUCAGGAAUAAGGCCUAUGUGCCAAAUUUUGUUAAGAGGAACUCCUCUUAGUGAAGCAGCAAUGGAUUUAUGCAUAUGUUCAAGCAGUUUACAGUCUGACCUUCAAAUCUGAGCCAUGAAUUUACUGACUGAAAUGAAUGUAGGGUACAUUUUAGAGCAGGACAAUUCAACUUCUCCUGACUUUAAACUAUCGCUCUUCAUUUGUCUUGCAAAGAUGUAUCUAUACAGGUAGCAUGAUUAUAACCGAUUCUCUACAUAUUAGUUUUGUAUUAGUCUUCCUGCAACAAGGGUCGAGGGAUGGAUUGGCAUUUCUGUCGGAGGUUAGGCGAGUUGUAUUUACUCUUCUCUUUAUUUUUCUCUGCUGUCAGUGUGGAGCAUAACCUACUAGGUAGACGGAGAUGUAGAGAUCAGAUGGAUUUUAAAAGAAAUCAUGUUCAUCCAUUCCAUUGAGAUUGCCUUACGAUGCGUAAAACGAAACAAAAAUGAACCACAUUAGGGAACAUCACACAAACUUGUUAAUAGCCUAUAUUUGACAAAAUGCACCUAAGCUACACCCAUUUAGUGCCAUAGAAACCUUUAUUUGCCUUUAGACAUCAAUCAUAAUAACUGGGUCAGUAACUUCAACUAGUCUGGAUUUACAUUUUGUGUUUGGAGCAGCAUGUCCGUUUUGCCAGAUAUGAUAGUCCAUAUAUAGUGUUUUUUUAAACGAUCAUAGUCAGUAUAAAAUGUUUGCAUGGGGUAGUAGUUGAUGAAUGCAAGUGUUGUGUUCUGUCAGUAGAACAUCUAUUUUACAAUUGGACACCUGGAGGGAGAUAAUUGGUCCUUUUUGGUAUGGCGACGCAAUCUCGAGGUUUGUUUGUAUAACAUGAUUAUUUAUAAUGUGUUUUACAGGGGGAAAAUAUAUUGCGCUAGAUUUCUGCAUGAUGUGUGUUUAUAGGGUAGUGUGUGUAUGUAUGUAUGUAUGUAUGUAUGUAUGUAUAUAUAUAUGUAUAUAUAUAUGUGUCUAUAUAUAUGUAUGUAUAUAUAUAUAUAUAUAUGUGUAUAUAUAUAUAUGUGUAUAUGUAUGUAUAUGUAUGUGUGUAUAUUUAUAUAUAUAUGUGUAUAUGUAUAUAUAUGUAUAUGUAUAUGUAUAUAUAUGUAUAUAUAAAUUAGUUACUUGAAAUAAUUCUCAUAUAUGGCAAAUUUCCAUUUAUCUCUCCUUGAUCCACUGUUGAGCCUUUUGCCUUAAAAGCUGAGAAGGAAACAUCUGGCAGUAUCUAAUGAGUUGCAUCAAUUAUACAGUACUUUGUUGGCUUGCAAAAAAAAUAAUCACAAAUUUUGUUCUGAGUGUCAGGAAGCACACGAAUCAGUGGAGGGUAGCACAUACCUUAUGGUUGCCACGGUGCAGAGAUUGUUCUGAGAAGUAAGGAUAUUGCCAUAUUUGCCACUGUGAAUGAAUUAUUUAGAGAGAAAAAAAACAAUCAACUUUGGCGUGUCCACGACACAGAGCCAAAUAGCACUGGGGAUUAAAGUGGUGCCCUUCCAAAAAACAAACCUAUAGAGAACGAGACCCUUACGACACGUUUUUUCAACAAUGUGGCCAGACGGGAGUUUAAAUCUUGGUAUUCCUCCCGUGUUUUGGUUAGUACGACUUCUUGAACCAGCCUAUUCCGGAAAUGUAAUAAUGCUAGAUUGGUGUCAGCAGAUGUCUGAUGUUUCCUACCUGACUAAGGAGCAGUGAAAUGCACCUUGUACUUAUAUUGGACCUGCGCUUUUACCUCAUCAGUGAUCGUUUGUGUGAUGUAAUGACCUUUCUGUUUCGUCCUAAUGUAAUUAGACCUUUCUCGCAGCGAGUGUGUGAAUUGAAAUAUCUGCAUGUCGAUCCUAUACAUGCAAAAGUCCCCCAGUUUUCAGUCGAGUGAGAAAAAGGUUAGAGAAUCCUAUAAUUUCAAAGUCUCUCACAUGCCACACACAGUGUGUUGUGCACCUGUACAGUUCAGUCUGCAUGCAAGAUCAUGGUAGCCAUGUAACUUUACCUCUACGAAUCAGAUCAGUCCAUUUUGACCUUUGUCCGCCUUCCCCCGUCUGGGCCCUCGAUGAUUCCCCUUCCCCACCAAUAGGAUCUGUGUGUGUGACGCAGCUCAGUGGUGUCAUGGUGCCUUUUCUUUGUUACUACCGAAAGGUACGGUCUUCCAUUUGUACUUCCGGGAAGCCUUAUAAAUGGGGGACGGGGAAAUUAGAAGGAACGUCCCAAGACAACUAUGGGUUCAUAUUUCCCUUGAAGUAACGGCUAUUAUUCUCAACAAUAAUUUGUUUGAAAACAGGAAAAGAAGGGUUUUGUUUUGGAGCGGGAGGUUUGUGAAGAAGUCUGUUGCCACCGUCAUUGUCCAAACUUCUUCUUUGUCCCCGGUGACGUAACGCUGCCUCGGGUGGUAGAGCCGUGCAUUAUUUCUUCUAAUGUGAUUCUGGGCACACCAAACAUUGAUGACUGGGGAAACGGUAGAUUAUGAAAGCACAAAUCCAAAGAUGGCACCACAAGGCUAAAGUAGCUCUCCCCACUCCAUCUUGAGGUAGAGAGCCUAAGGAAUGUCUCAGACAUUGAUUGGAAAACAAGAAUCCUAUUUUCUUUUCCGGAGUGCAGAGGACGUGAGGAUGGAUGGAUUGAUUGUCAGGAACACGUGAACUGUAGAACAAGGAGAGGAAGAAGAGAAAAAAAAUAGACAAGACGUCUCAAAUUCAGGGGCGUAUGAAUUCAGAUUGUUCCUCUCAAACUCUUUGUUCGUAAACCAAUAUAUAUAUAUAUAUAAAUAUACUUACACAACUUUUCUAAGAGUGCAAGUUGUGAGGUGCAAGCAUACAAGAUGGUUAUUUUUACGUUAAAGGCAAACUUGUUUGUUGUGACUGAUGCAAAUUGAUUGUGGAGAUUGUUUUGUGUUUAUUAGGGUAGACUGAUUUUACAAGUAGGGUUGCAGUAGUAGCUGUGUGCAGUGUUAAUAACCGUGUGAUCAUUCUAUAGAAGUGGUGUAACAUUUGUUGUCUUUUAUGGCAUUAUGGCAUGAAUUAUCUUAUCACGCUGACCUCGUUUGAAAUAACAAAAGAUAUAAGUGCAAUAACCUUUUGUUUAUCAUUGCUUCCUCGGUUGAUACAAAAAAAUAUUAUUAUGCCCUUUUUGUUAACACCAAAAGUCCCUCUUCUGCUGCGAAUGAAGGAUUUGAGCAGUCCUCUCGUUUGUGUUCAGAUGAGUGGCGUUUGAUAGAGGAGUGUGUGAUAUUACAUUCUUAAAACUGUGAUCAAUAUUCAACUUUAUUAGCUGCCUGCUGAGAGGAGGGAUUGUGCACAAGUUAACGGAGGGGUUUCCAGGAGGGGCAGGCAUUUAAACUUUAAGUUGUCCUCAUGGAUGGGUUUAGAAGGGCUUCUCCUUUAGAUACAGGCCUCUCCUCGAGGCUCGGUUUUUAGCUAAUAAACAUGUUCAUUUGCAUGUGUAUAUGUAUAUGCAUCCCCCUUCUCCUUGAAUGAAACUCUUUUUUUUUCUCAAACUAUUUAGACCUGCUGUCAGUGACGUAUGCGGAUAAAAGGAGAUAUGAAAUGCCUUAUAAUAUAUUUGUUAUCGAUGUUGAGCAUUUAGGGUCCCCAACGUGUCGCUCCCUUUUCUGUAGACUAAACGCUUGUAAAGUUACCGAGUUCAUUAGAUUUCUAUCUACUGUAUAGCCUACGUGUUCUCAGAACUUGUUACUUGGAGGUCAUGUGAUUGUGGUUUUUAGAGUAACAUUCCCCUUAAAAAGUGCCGUUUGUUUUCACCAGCAAAGGGUGUGUCUGGAAUUUAAAAAAAUAUAAAACACGAAAAAAAAAAAAAAAAAGAAGGAACGUGUGAGAAUGGGAAAGGCAGAAAAGACGAGAUAGAAAAUACGUUCCAAACCCUUUUUUAAAGAUGACACGGUCUUUAUGCAGGUGAACCACGGCAGCACUCUUCUGACGGAGCACCUUACAGACUUGGCAGUCUGACACUAGGCGUGGUCACUCUGAAGCAGAGCCAUAUCAAAGUAUUCCCAGUAGAAGCCUCCUCUUCCCAGCCCACCCUCCCCCCAUGAAUGUGCUAUUAGGAAUAGCCUACCGUAGGAAAGGAUGUAUACUGCAUGUUUUGUAAAAUUUUGUUAAUGUGCUAUUCCCUCCCCCUACAUUGAUUCUCCUCAGACCCCUUCAGUAGGAUCAGCCCCUAUAGUAGGAUCCUUUAGCAAGUUAUCGAUUUACAACUGGACUGAAACAGGCACUGAUCUCAGACUGCCUUACUUUGUUGUGGACUUCGACAAAAAAAAGGAACGAGGAGGAUGAUGUGAUCAAGGGUUGUUCCUUUAGUGGCUUAUCUGGGACAUACCAAGGAGCCAUCGUCUGGCCUAUGAGGAGUUAACAAUCCAAUGUUCUUGCAGUGCACCUUCACUCAACAGAAACCCAACCGAACAGGAGAUCCCUCCUCCCACCCGACAUUCCAAAGUCCCCCUCCUCCCUGCCCCGCCAGAACCCCCAGCCUGUUGAUUAAUGAUGUCUCUGUGUUGUCUCGCUGGUGUACCGGGUGGGAAUUUGUUGUCAAUGACAGGGUUUUCCUAUUUAGUCUCAGAAUUACCUCACCUACUGAUCUGCAAACCUGCUCUUCUACUGUGUACAAAGGAGUCAACAAGUGCAUGCCCAUGGACAUUAAUAACCCGGUGUACUGGGCGUAAGUAGCGUAUCGCAAUAAAUCGAUGGACUCUAUUAGAGGCACUCUGGUAUUUUGACAAGGGCAAGGCCGGAACGCCUGGCGGUCUGUUGGAACAGCCAGACGCGCCGGAGGGAUGGUUUGGGUGUCGAUGUUGCUUGUGUCGUUUAAGUCAGGUUUGCUGUUGUAUUUUUAAUGGGUGCAAAACACUUAGAAGCCAGCCUUUGGACAGACAACACACUUUGAGCAAGCAGUUUUUUUUUUUUUGUA